AUGAGCACAGCAGGACGGCUGUCCGAAGACGACAUCUACCGCACCUCCACUCAAUACCGACUGUGGUCCUUUUCGCCAGAACAACUCGCCGCACAACGCCGAAAGACCCACGAACUCGCCCUCACACGAGCGCAUCAACAUGCCAGCCAAACGGCUGAUCGUCCACAGAAUGGAACAUCCCAACCGGAAUACCUGACAGAACGAGAAGAGCUACGACUAGUACACCGAUACUGCGAACUCAUCCAAACCACCGCCGACCACCUGAAAUGGCCCUCCAACAUCAAGCCCGUCGCGGUGCAAUACCUCAAACGCUUCUACCUCUCCAACUCAUGCAUGACAUACCCACCCAAGGAGAUAUACAAGACGAUGCUCUUCCUCGCCAGCAAGACCGAAGCAUACCACCUCACAGUCACAAAGUUCGCCCAGAGCAUCAGUGCGGAUCCUGAAGCCAUCCUCGCGCCAGAGUAUAAGAUCAUGCAAGCACUGCGCUUCACCCUGGAUGUGCGACAACCAUUUCGAGGUCUUAAGGGUGUCCUCAUGGAGUUGUUGAACAUGGCAGAAGGGCUAGUGGCCACUGUCAAAGGCGUGGAACAGCGAAGUGAGAGGGAUGUCCAGGAAGCAUUGAAGCAAUUGAAGCCUCCACCGCAGGACUGCAGGACGCCGUGGAAAGCACCACCAGACGGCACAAUGGGAAAGAAACACUUCAUCGACCGUAUCCAGGCGUCCUACGCGACAGCAAAGACACUCUGCGACGGCCCCGCAAGUCUUACCGAUGCAUACUUCCUCUACACACCCUCACAAAUCCUCCUCGCAGCUCUCCACAUCGCAGACUCUCCCCUAGCCGAGUUCUACCUGGACACAAAACUCCCUCUAACCCUCGACUCCCGCCCCAAGAUCCUCGCAACGAUCCAAGCAUGUGCAGCAUUACUAGCAUCCUACAAUCCGAAGGAUAGCAUGGGCAAGGAAGAACGCGCCGCACUGGAGAAGAAGCUGGAUCUGUGUCGAGACCCUACGACCAAGGAUCUGAUCAAGGCGCAUGCGGCGAUGAAGAGGAAUGGGGCGGAGGACGGAAAGGUGGAUGAGCACGAUGCCAAGCGUAGAAAGCUGGAGCGAGAGAAGAGGGAGAAGGAGGAUCCGUUUGGGCCGAGUUUGGGGAAUGGGAAGGUUUAG